AUGGCUGAAAUCAAAACUACCGAUCCAACAGCCACGGAGGCUGGAGAGGAAAAGGACUGGACAGCAGCAAAAGCCUUUUUUGACAGUUUAAAAACAAACAAACCUAGACCUCCCAAACCCCAAUAUGCCGUUACUAUCGCCGUCUCCUCUCGCUCCCUGUUCAACAUGGUUGCAGAGGGGAAGAUCUACAAAGAAGAUGGGGUCGAGAAGUAUGUGACCUAUCAACAGGAGCACGACAAUGAGCCGCUCAUGCCAGGGGUGGCGUUUCCUUUAGUGAAGGCUCUGAUGAAUGUGAACGCACGGCUGAGGCGGCUCUACCCCGACAGCGACGAGUUGUUUGACGUCAUACUGAUGACGAAUAACCACGCCCAGGUCGGGGUGCGCCUCAUCAACAGCAUCAACCACUACGAUUUAACCAUUGAAAGAUUCUGUAUGACGGGAGGGGAAAGCCCCAUUGGCUAUCUGAAGGCCUACAUGACCAACCUGUACCUCUCAAAGGAUGGAGAGAAAGUCAUAGAGGCCAUUGAGGAGGGCAUUGCAGCAGCGACCAUGUUUGCGUCCGAAGAUGUGGAGAACCAGCUUUCCGACACACAGCUGAAAGUUGCCUUUGACGGGGACGCCGUCCUCUUCUCUGAGUCGGAGAUCAUCGUGAAACAACACGGCCUGGACACGUCCUUUGAGCAUGAGAAGGAGUUUGAGAACAAACCUCUUGCACAGGGCCCCUUAAAGUGUUUCCUGGAGGCGCUGGGGAUGCUCCAGAGGAAGUUCUACGCCAAGAACGAGCGUAUGACCUGCCCCAUUCGUACUUACCUAGUCACAUCCCGCAGUGCAGCCAGCUCAGGGGUCCGCGUCCUCAAGACACUCAGGAGCUGGGGCCUGGAGAUCGAUGAGGCCCUGUUCCUAGCCGGAGCACCUAAAGGGCCCCUCCUACAGAAGAUCCAGCCUCACAUCUUCUUUGAUGACCAGAUGUUCCACAUUGAAGGUGCCAAGGAGCUGGGGACUAUCGCUGCACACGUGCCUUAUGGGAUUGGACAGAAGUACAACAAGGGAAUAUUUAUUGAGCAGCCUGCCAAAGACAUGAUGUAG